AUGGUCGCGACACGCUCACCAAUCUACACGCUCCACCACAACCACUUCUCCAUCUGCUCCAUCAUGGUGCGCUACACGGUGGCCCUGCGUGGCGCUCCCCAAGACGCGGCCUCGGAGGUGCCCAUCCAGGAGCAGUCGGUCGACAUCUUCCACGAGGAGCAGCUCAGCGAACAUUUCCUGACCAACAUCAAUCCCAAAGGGCAGGUCCCCGUCCUCACCUCCCCGGCCCUCCCCGCCCCGAUCGCCGACAGCAUGGACAUCACGCGGUUCCUGGCGCAGCGGUAUCCGACACUGAUCCCGGCGGCGCACGCGGAGGAGAUCCACGCGCGGCUGGACGCCCUGCACGCGCUCAACUACUUCUCGCUGUCGUUCCCGGGCCGCGACCACGUCGCCCAAGGCUUCAAGGCCGCCGUGCAGAAGCGGCUGGAUGACCCGACCAUCUCCCCGACGUACCGGGACGCCUUGAACUAUAAGAUGAGCAUCCUCGAACGCGACAAGAUCGGGGGCCUGAAGCCCGGGCAGCCAGAGCUGAUGAGCGAGCGCGCUCACAACCUGCUGCGCGAGUACGAAGACAUCUUACCGAAAACAGAGGCCGGGGGCCCGUGGCUAUUCGGUCUGACCCAGCCCAGCGCCCUGGACGCCCACCUGGUCGUCUUUGUGGCCCGCAUGCGCGACGUCGGGCGCGCCGCCAUCGUUCCCCCGGUCGUCGGCGACUUUGUCGAUCGCGCCAUGGCGCGGCCGGAGUGGGUGGCUAUCAUGGAGGGGCGGAAGACCAUGGUUGGGAAUUAG